GAGGAGAGCCAGCAGAAGGGCGUGAGGUGGAUACCGAGCCCGCAGCGAGAAUAUGUGGGUGGAUAUGCCCGCUUCUUGGGCGCAGGUUCUGCUUUCUCGCAGAUAUUCUCGCAAGUUUAACUGCACAAUACAGAAAUUGGAAGCCCCGGCUGACUUGAUCUACAGUGUAGUCCCCCAAUUACUUUACUUCAUCACGAUACCCGUCCAUCACAACGCCGAUCUCCUCGAACCGCCCACACAGUCGAAACGAUGGCCCGUUAUGCUCUUCUCCCACGGCCUCGGAGGCUCCCGCAACUCGUACUCGCACAUCUGCGGCUCACUAGCAAGCCACGGCAUAGUGGUCGUGGCUCCGGACCACAGAGAUGGCAGCUCGCCGAUAUCCUUCGUUAAUACGCCAGACGAGACGGAGAAGGUCAAGCGCAUAGAGUACAAGAAACUACCACAUAAGGCGUCGACGGAAGUAUACGAGGGCAGAGAUGAACAGCUGAGGAUACGGCUGUGGGAGCUUGGACUGAUACAUGAUGCGCUGCUUAAGAUUGACGCACAGGUGCCAUUGAGGAAUGUGGCAGUGGAACAGAAGAAGAACGGGAAGGAUAUGCUGGCAAUGUUCUCGAGCAAGUUGAACCUGUAUGAGCCGGGUUCGAUCGCCUUCGCAGGACACUCGUUCGGCGCGGCGACCAUGGUGCAGCUCGUGAAGUCGGUCUAUUAUAGGCCGAGGUCAGAGCAUCCAAGCUUCAAGCCGCUCUUCACGCCUUCAGACGAUUCAGCCAUCGCGCGCCAGGUCACGCCUGCGUCGCCAGUGAUAUUGCUGGAUUUGUGGACGUUACCUAUCCAAAGCCCCGCAACGGCGUGGUUGAAGUCAAAGCCGAUGCCAUGUUAUCAAUCCCCUGCGGGUGGAUCAAAUCUCCUGGCUAUUCUUAGCGAGGCUUUCUACAACUGGUCCUCUAACCUCAACGACACGAAGCGCGUCCUCUCGAAAUCCUCUGGGCCGAACGCUGCUUAUCCGGAUCAACCAGGUCCCCACGUCUUCUACCCCAUCGCCUCCGCACACCUUUCUCAGUCCGAUUUUGGCGUGCUCUUCCCCUGGGUAACAACUAAGAUCUUUGGCGCAAAGGAGCCAGAGCGCGUGCUCAGGCUCAAUACGCGGGCUGUUCUGCAGGUGCUGAGGAAUAGCGGGCAGGAGGUUGCGAAUACGAGCAUGGAAGACAUGGAACUAGGGGACGUGGAGGGAUUAGAGAAAGGUCUGCCACAGGAUGAGAAGAUAUUGAAUCAGGUGGAGGACACUGUGCGGGGAUGGAUCAGCUUGAGUACAGAGAGGGUGAAUGGGGAGAUGACGACUAGGAAGGGACCAAGUGAUGCGAUGGUGGAAGGGGAGGUUCUGGGAGAGGUGGUGUCGAACGAAGAAAGGGAGACGGAGAGGUCGAACAUAUAACACAUAUAAUAGCUGCAAUGUGCGUUGUGGGAUUCGUCAUCCCUUUUACUGGGCUCAGGAAACUUCUGUUGGCAAUAUGUUGGGGCACCGCGAUCUGCGUACCUCCGUAUAGACGCAG